AUGGGUGAGGGUGUCCUUCUUUGGCUUGUUAACAGAAGUAAGGACUCCGCCAUAAACAAGGUAGGUAGAUUGAAACUGGCCGUACAAUUCCUCAUGAUAGAAAGUGUUAAACACUUAGCUACAAAAAUUACCUUCUUUAACUCAAGGAAAUGCUUCAAAGAUGGUGCCUUAAGGGCUAUAGAGAGACUGGGAGAGAGACUAGAGAUGACUCGACAAUCAGAAAGGUUUUCUGUAGAUUUUGUGAUGGCAGGGGCAACAGCAAUAAUAUCGAAGAGUGCAGCUGCGCCGAUUGAGAGAGUGAAGCUUUUGUUGCAGAAUCAGGGAGAGUUGUUGAAGAGAGGGCAUCUAAUGAGGCCUUAUACCGGGGUUGGUGAUUGCUUUAGAAGGGUUUUGAGAGAGGAGGGUCUAUUUUCCUUUUGGAGGGGUAACCAGGCCAAUGUCAUACGAUAUUUCCCAACCCAGGUAAACUCCCCCCUCCCUCUUUCUUAUUUGCUUUUGUAA